GCGGCUCGCAGGCAGGAAGGCAGAUGUUGGCGGCGCCCUGCUCGGAUGUCCGAUGAGCGGACGCACUCGUGUUUACAUCAGACACGGAUCCCGGGAGGCGGAGAUGUGCGCACACCGUCAAGUCUGAGGAUCGGCACGGAAAUAAACACGGAUCUCCCGCGAGUGGCCCGCAUCACACGGCGUGGAAAGUGGCGGAUUUCUUUUUUUCUUUCCCCUCAGACACCAACAGGAGAGUUGCACAUGCAGUGAUCUGCGCUACACAGAGGAUGAAAUAUAAACCUUUACCAGCACCCCCUUGUGGUGUGGAGGACUGAGUGCCUCUGGAUGAAGGCCAUGGAGCUGAAAGUGUGGGUGGACGGAGUGCAGCGCAUCGUGUGCGGGGUCACAGAGUUCACCACAUGCCAGGAAGUGGUCAUCGCUCUGGCACAAGCCAUUGGACGGACUGGCAGAUACACUUUGAUCGAGAAAUGGCGGGAGACGGAGCGUCACCUGGCUCCACAUGAAAACCCUGUGGUGUCCCUCAACAAGUGGGGUCAGUAUGCCAGCAACGUGCAGCUCAUCCUCCAGCGAACCGGCCCGUCCAUCAGCGAGCGGCCGACCUCUGACGGUCUGGCUCGCGUCCCUGAACGGGGCCUCUACCGCCAGAGCCUCCCACCUCUGGCCAAGCUCCGCCCAUCGGGGACGGACCGCUCGCUCAAACGAAGGGAACCCAAACGCAAAUCUCUGACCUUCACUGGAGGAGCCAAGAGUCUGCGAGAAAUAUUUGGAAAAAGCAGAGAUGCUGAAGCCAAACAGCCUCAGCAUCGUGGUGUGAGUCUGAACCUGAGCAGAGUUGGAGGAGGUGGAACAGCAUCUGUACCUGGGAGUCCAGCCAGAGAGCUGAGCCGACUGGUCCAGCUGCAGAGAGACAAACUUCAGGCCCUGGAGAGCCAUCUGCUGGGCUGCGAGGCCGAGCUGCGAGACUGGGAGGAGGCCGCCGGCGAGGCCAGUGAAGAUGGAAACUUGGAGGAAGAGCUGCUGCUUUUGGAGCAGCAGGUGAGGAGGAACGAUGCUGAGAUGGAGGAGGAGGAAUUCUGGCAGAACGAGCUGCAGAUUGAGCAGGAGAGCGAGCACCAACUGCGGCAGCAGCUAGCCGAGCUGCAGGGCCGCGUACGCGACUGCGAGGCCAAGCUUUCAGAGUAUUUAGCACGAAUACAGAACAUGGAGUCAGGCCUGGAGCAGGAGCGACUGCAGCAGGAGGCCGAGCUCCACCAGAGGGUCAAUGAGGAGGAGGUGCACGCCCAGCUGGAGAAAGUGAGGGCAGAGUUGGAAAUGCAGGGCCAACAAACAGCGCGACUGGAGAGCAGCUGCAGGGCGUUGGAACGCUCACUUGGCCAGUCAGGCAAGAGAUUACAGGAGAAGGAGCAGGAGCUGGAGCAGCUGACAAAAGAGCUCCGACAGGUCAACCUGCAGCAGUUCAUUCAGCAGACCGGUACCAAGGUCACUGUGCUUCCUGCUCAACCUACAGCCGAAAUCAGCAACGAGGUGGAGGGCGGCUCUCUGAAACGCCUCGGCUCCUCUCGUCUCUUACCCAGCGACCUUCGUGCCCUUCAGAGCACCGUCUCCUCCAGCCUCAACCCUGAAGGAAUCUACGUUUGACCCCAAGCUGAGACUUUUUUUGGGGGGCAGUCUGAUGCUACCGGGGCUGAUUCUGUUCCCAAGAAAUGACUCUACGAACUUCUUUCUAGCAAAGUGCGUCACCUCAGUCGGGAGGAUGUUGGUGAAAAAGGUUUGACAAGAAACUUUUGAUUGGUUGCAUCUCCCCUGCACUGCCUCCUCAUCCUUAUUACUGGGACUCAAAUUGAUGUCAAUAUCUAUUUGCAUACUAACAUUUAAUGUGCUGUCUCAUAAGUCAUAAGAGGAUUCAGCUCCAUUUUCUCUAAGAAGACAACAAGCCAGCAGAUUCUGUUUUUUGGAGGCUCGAGUCAACCAGUGCAGACAAAUGUAAUUUGUUUGCUGUAAAUCAACGAGUGACUUUGACACAUGUACACAUAUACAUACAAAAAAAAAACCUACUAAUUGCAUGAGCAUGCACAAACAGUGACACCACACCUGUGCUAUAACCAUAGCCAUAUCUGAUUGCCUUACUCUGGUCUUUUAAAACCAGACGUCAGUAAAUGUAAAACAGAACUCAAGGUAGCUACUGAACACUAUGCGCCAUAUAAAUUUAAUAAACUGCUCGGCACCAAUUCAGGUGACUCCUAGUCGAUGUCAGUAUAUCUCACUGGGUCAGUCCUUUUUUUUUCUCUUUUUUUUUUAUACGUGAACUUUUGUAUUGAUUUGAAUAGAAAACAAAGUCAUUUUUCUUAUGUUUAGACAGCGAUGGGAAGAAGAAAAAAAAAACCCUGAACCAUCAGAAUAUAAAUGAUAUAAGAGACAGAGCUGAAAGCAGGCUUAAUGGGCCCAUCAGCUGUUUGACAUUUUGCAAAAUAGUUUGGCUCCAGUUUGGCCCAUUUGAAGUUUGCAUUGUGCAGGAGGCAUCAAUCUCCUUUUGUUUUUCUUCCUCCAAAAUCUCUUGAAUGAACAAGAUGACAGAGGCCUUUGAGUCUGCGGUGUACAUCCAACCUGUGAUUCCUGUGCGACCACUAGGUGGCGACAAAACAUACAAUAUUCAUACCGGUGAAAGUUAACUGUGUGAAAGUUCCUCCAACUGAUGUGUUCAGUCCGCGAUCGUUUUCACGGCUCAUACAUGACUGUGCAUAUUGUUUUGUAACAAAGCCUCAGCACUUUAGCUUUCAGCGUAUUAAGGUGCCAUUUAAAAGACUGGCCAAGUGUUUGACGUGUUUCACUGUGUUCGUGGAGCAGGGACACACAUGCAUCUCGACAACAGGCUCUCUUCCGUGUAAUUUCUAACAUUUUAACGAACUAAAGAUGUCUCAUAUGAACCAAAGGUUGUGUAGCAAAACAAAUGGUUAGAUGAAUGUACUUUUUUAUACGUGUGCAACUCAUGAACAUGUACCAGCUUGAGUAGUUUCAUACGGUGUGUUUUUCAUGGUUUGUUGUCAUUAGGUGCUAAGUAGGUUAGUUUUGUCACACAGGAGGAUGAAGUUACUGAUAAAAUUUCUCAGAAAAGGAAAUUCAAUCAAAUCCGAGAAACCCAAGCUGCAUUAAAAUACCCUAUGUGUAUAUAUAUGGGCUCAGAAAAUGUGUAAAAAUGGAUGAAUGUGUAAAAAAGAUUUGCAGUUGGAACAAAAACGAAACAAAAUGGGGACAUAUAUCAAUGUUCACAUGCAUUCAAGUUUCAAAUAUGUAUUUUUUCAGCCCAAAUAGGCAAUUUAAAUGUAUGUGUGGGAAUGUGUUACUCCAACAUCACACAGUUUUCUGCUUUGAAUCAGUAUUCACUCGAAGCGGUUCUCUUGUUUCAGGUCUGAUUUAAUUUGUGCAACUACAAAUCUUCUCUACUCUUUCACAAACUUGAAUUUUUUCCCCCUCUUUCCUCUGCGAGAGAUGCAACCACAGACUUUGCAAUUAUUUCAUCUCCCAAGCUGCAAAUCUUAUCGACCAUUAUUUGAGCCCACAUGAAGAAGCCGGUGUUUGUGCUGUGAAUGUAUAAUAACAAAGUGAAUUCCUCCCUCCAGUACGAACAGUCUCUGCUCAGUUGUUUGUUUUACGGCGCAAGAAAAAAAAAAAAAAA